UGUUGAGUUUUUUUUUUUUUUUUUUUUUCCCUACAGUGGUAUUUUACGGACAACGCGCGGUAAAGAUUUUGCUUCUCAGUUCAAUUAAAUUCAUUCUGAUUUUCAAAGCACUUCCGGUAUGAAAAGUCAACAAGCGGAAGCGGUACGUUGUAUUUAGUUUGGGAGCAAACAGCUGACCGUCAUUGUACAACGUAGUCACAAGUGCAGAUCUGAUCUUGCUCCAGUUUGAGAAAAUGUCUAGUAAUGAUGACGGGCACUUUUCAUAUUUUGCGUUUGGAAGCAAUAUGUUAAAGCAAAGACUUCAGUUUAAAAAUCCCUCGGCAACAUUUUAUAGUACUGGACGACUCAAGGACUAUGAACUCAAAUUCGGCUACUGGAGAGUUGGUGUGACAUCGGCUUGGAAAGGUGCGGCAGCCACCAUCGAGUACUGUCCAGGUGCUGAAGUCUGGGGAGUCAUCUGGACCAUGAGCAACAGCAAUCUGUCAUCACUUGACAAUCAAGAAGGGGUGCAAAGAGGGAUUUACUCGCCUUUGGAGGUGAGUGUGGAGACGGAGCAUGGGCCAAUACUUUGCAGGACCUACCAGAUGAAUAAUUUAAUCGUAGACCUCCCUUCACCCCAGUAUAAAAAGGUUGUGUGUUUGGGGGCGGAGGAGAAUGGACUUCCAACAGAGUACCUCAACAAACUUAAAAGUAUUGAAACGAACGGCUACAGUGGCCCCUCCUUACUAGAUCAGCUGAAAAUAUAAAUUAGACCAGAAUGUUUAUGUAAAUGUAAAACGGUUUUACAAGUUAAUUACUGGUUAAACAGAAGUCAUGUGACUCAUUGUAUUUAACCGGGGGACAAAAAUAAAAUGAAUCCAACAACUUA